AUGCGUCAACUUAUGGUCAUUUCCGUUGUUUUCUGUCUUCACGGAGCCCGUGCUGCAGAGAUGCAAUCAGUGCAAGUCCUGCUUAGCGAUGGCAACACCAUCUUCGGAACUUCGGAGCCGUUGGUGGAGCCCGGCGAAUGCUCGGAAGAAGCUUUGCCAGGCUUUGCGGUUCUCCAAGAUGCUCUGACUGACUUGUGGGAGCCUGUGGGCGGCUCGGGAAACCAUGCGUGCCGCGGAGACAACGCAUCCGACAACGAUCCUCGUCAUUAUGUCGUCCACAAGAUCUAUUCUCUCGAAGAGUGCAAGCUGAAGUGCAUGGGCCUGGACCGGGGUGAUUGCAGGGGCAUUGAGUACAGCCACGGGCGCUGUGAGAUUUGGACCCGAGCGUUCGGAAUCUUUGCGUAUGCAGAGAUCCCUCUGGAGAAGGCGGUUUUUACUUGCUUGCGAUAUGGCUGGCCUACUAGUAAGCUCAGCCCUGCUGAACCAAGCACCUCUCAUCCCUGCCGCUACAGCUCGCCGGAGGACGACGACCCGACGCACUACGACCUGCUUCCUUCAAAGCAUCCGUCACUGGAGGAGUGCAAGGCUGCUUGCACAGGGUACAGAAGUGGCAAUUCCUGCACAGGCAUCGAAUGGUCUCCCGGGCGCUGUGAAGUUUGGACAUCUCCCAUCGGCAGUUUCGAUCCGACAGUCACUGGCUUCACAUGCAUGAAGAUGGGCGCGGAUGCUUCCCGCAAAGAAUGGAGCCCUCCCUGGUAG